AUGCGUGGCUACGGCAAGUGGUGCUCGAGUGUCUAUGCUGUAAAAGGCACAUCAAAGUAUGCAGGCACUGUCGCUACGGCUCAGGAUAUGCUUCAUUACAUCAAGCUUCGUGCGAAGAGCAAAGGUGAACCACCUGAAGAGGCAAAGCUGUGGUACUACGGCAUCAGUUACGGCACAGUUCUUGGAAGCACAUUUGCUAGCUUGUACCCCGACCGAAUCGAACGCAUGAUCAUCGACGGUGUCAUGAAUUUAGAAGACCACUUUAACGGCGGAUGGGAAAAGUCCAUUGUCGACAACGACGAAGCUUCACGAUAUUUCUUCAAGCGUUGCUUCGAAGCAAGUCCAAGGCUCUGCCAGUCCCACCAGAAUGCUACCAACUCUUCCUGUCAGCAUGCGACUUGA